ACAACUAAUAAUUAUGUACGGUAGUGUUCCUUUAAUUGUUAGGUUACUAGCUUCGUCAGUAUCAGUUGCCAACCGAGCUGGGAAAAUCGUUCGCGAUGUAAUGAGCAAAGGGGAACUUGGUAUAGUUGAAAAGGGUAAAGACGACUAUCAAACAGAAGCAGAUAGGUCUGCUCAACGCUGUAUUGUUGCAUCACUUGCAGCUCAAUAUCCUAACUUAAAAAUAAUAGGUGAAGAAGAUAGUCUGGAGGAUGAGGGUGAAGUUGUGAGUGAUUGGUUAGUGAAUGAAAUAGAUAAGGAAAUAUUAAAAUUGCAAUGUCCUCCAAAUCUUCAAGAAGUCAAGGAAGAGGAUAUUGUAGUGUGGGUGGAUCCACUUGAUGGAACUUCAGAAUAUACUCAAGGAUUCUUAGAACAUGUGACUGUACUAAUUGGUAUAGCUGUGAAUGAGACACCAGUUGCUGGUGUCAUCCAUCAACCAUACUAUAAAAAUAUAGUUGAAGGUGACAAGAAAAUCGGUAGGACAAUUUGGGGACUGCAUGGUGUGGGUGUAGGUGGAUUUACCCCGGCUCCUCCUCCUGAAUCCAUCGUAAUUACAACUACUAGAAGCCAUUCGAAUCCUGUUGAGGCAGAGGAGGCACUAAAAGUUAUGAAUGCUUCAAAGGUGCUUAGGGUUGGUGGAGCUGGUUACAAGGUCCUGCAAUUAUUAGAAGGAAAUGCAUCAAUAUAUGUUUUUGCUAGUCCCGGCUGUAAGAAAUGGGAUACUUGCGCACCUGAAGCGAUUCUUUCCGCAGCAGGAGGGAAAUUGACUGAUAUACUUGGUAACUUUUACAAAUAUGGAGCAAAUGUUACUAAACCAAAUAAAACUGGUGUGUUAGCUGCAGUUAAUAACGAACUACACAGUUACGCUUUAGAAAGAAUACCUGAAAAACUACAAGAAACUUUAGCAAAUAAGUAGGUUUGUACAUAAUUGUAUGACAAUUAAUGAAAAUCAUAAAUGUUUAUUAUAAAAUUGUAUUUAACAAACA